AUGCCCGUCGACUUCACCGGGUACUGGAAGAUGCUGGCCAACGAGAAUUUCGAGGAGUACCUGCGCGCGCUCGACGUCAAUGUGGCCUUGCGCAAAAUCGCCAACUUGCUGAAGCCAGACAAAGAGAUCGUGCAGGACGGCGACCACAUGAUCAUCCGCACGCUGAGCACUUUCAGAAACUACAUCAUGGACUUCCAGAUUGGGAAGGAGUUUGAGGAGGACCUGACGGGCAUAGAUGACCGCAAGUGCAUGACCACGGUGAGCUGGGACGGGGACAAGCUCCUGUGCGUGCAGAAGGGUGAGAAGGAAGGACGCGGCUGGACCCAGUGGAUUGAGGGUGACGAGCUGCACCUGGAGAUGAGAGCGGAGGGUGUGGUCUGCAAGCAAGUGUUCAAGAAGGUGCACUGA